AUGGAGAUUUCUUCAAAAUUACCUCCGGAGUCAUACCAGAAAUUAUCCAGAUUAAUCCACACCAAGGACAUCUUUGGUUCUAUCUAUAUUAUCGGCCUAAUUUCUACAUAUCUGUACAAGAAUCGCUCGGAUAUCUUCACCGUAAUACUUUCAAUAUAUGCAAAUCUGUUGAUAUUUCAGAUGGAUAUGCUGUAUGUAAACUGUGUUUGUGUAUUAAAAGUCUGUUUCAAAGAAAUUGAUAACAAUCUACGACACAUACAAAAAUUUAUAGUAAACAGUGAACAAUAUGUUCUCACAUCUUAUUAUGAGCCCAGGAAUUCAUCCUUGAUAAUUAAGCUUAAGGCUUUAAAGAAGCAACAUAUGAUGACUAGCAAUACAGUACAGAUACUGAAUACUAUUUUCAGUGGACAAGUUCUUAUUACGAUACUCAUAGCUCUUAUUGAAAUUAAUCUUGACAUAUAUUGUCAUGCAGUAGAGUGGCAUGAUGGAUUAGUUAUUAAUUUGAAUAGACAAUUUAGUGAUUUAUUCUUACUAGGCAUAAUUUAUUACAUUGCAAAAACGGCGUUAAUUUUUUGGACUUGCGAAACUACAAAGAAUCAGGCUCAAGAAAUCCGUACAACGAUUCACGACGUACUUAACAGCACCAGAGAUAAACCAAUCAAAGAUGAGUUGCAGUUGUUUUCCUUGCAACUAUUGCAUUACAAAAAUAUAUUUUCCGCCAAAGGUUUCAAUGUGGAUGCAACAUUUCUCGUUACA